CCAGCCCCUUCUCUAAGGAAGCGCAUUUCCUGCCUCUCUGGGCCGGUCUGGAUGAGCUGAGUUCCCUGCCUAGGACAGUCAGACCCCUACCUCCAUCUGUGUCCCGUCCCCAGACCAAGACCGCUGCCGGCUGCUGUCCAAAAGAGCGCAGUGUAUCUUUCCCACCAUCCAGUCAGCUGGAGCCCCCUGCCCUGCUGUGAGUCUCGAGCUCACUUCUCCUGACUUCUCAGCCGCCACCUCAGAAGGCUGGAGCAGGGACGUGGUCGCUCCGGCCGCCUGCUCCCUUCGGGUCCCCGUGCGAACCCACGCCGGCCCCGGCGCCCACCCGCAGCCCUGCCUCUGGAUACCGGAUAAGGCCCAGCGCACAGACUCCCAGGUGGACAGCAUGGACCGUGGCGUGUUCCCUCUGGCCAUUAUCCUGCUACUGGCCAUCUACAGCUUCGUGCCCACAAGUCUUGCAGAAAGAAUCCAUUGUGAUCUACAGCCUGUGGACCCCACAAGGAGUGAGGUGACAUAUACCACUAGCCAGGUCUCUGAGGGCUGCAUAGCUCAGGUUGCCAACGCUACAUAUGAAGUUCAUGUUCUCUUCCUGGAUUUUUCCAAGAUGUCAGAGCUGGAGCUGACUCUUCAGGCAUCCGGGCAAAAUGGCGCUGGGACCCGAGAAGUGUUCCUGGUCCUUGUUUCCAACACAAGUGUUCUUGUGAAGCUCCAGGCCCCGGAAAUCCCACUGCACCUGGCCUACGACUCCAAAGUGAUCAUCUUUAAGGAGAAGCCAGAAGUCGUCAACACCACAGCAGUGUCAUCUGCCACAUCCAGGAAGCAGAUCCUUGACUGGGCAGCCAAAAAGAGCGCCAUCACCUCGAUGGCAACACUGGUUGACCCCAAAAGCAUCAUCCUCCGGCUGGGCCAAGCCCCAAAGGCACCACCCUACUGCUUGGCAGAGGCCCAUCAGGACAUGGGCCUCACACUCGAAUGGCAACCUCUAGGCCCCACCCCAGUUCAAGGCUGCUCCCUAGAAGGUGUGACUGGCCACAAGGAGGCAUAUAUCCUGAGGAUCCUGCCAGGUUCUGGAACCAGGCCCCAGACAGUGACCGUAAACGUGGAACUGAGUUGUGAAUCUGGGGAUCCCGACGCCAUUCUCAUCCUGCAGGGUCCUCCAUAUGUGUCUUGGUUCAUCAAUGCCAACCACAACAUGCAGCUCUGGACCACAGGUGAAUACUCCAUCAAGAUCUUUCCAGAAAAGAGCAUCAAAGGUUUCGUGCUUCCAGACACACCCCAAGGCCUGAUAGGGGAGGCCCGCAAGCUCAAUGCCAGCACUGUAGCAUCCUUUGUAGAGCUGCCUCUGGCCAAUGACGUCUCGCUGAGGGCCUCUAGCUGUGGUGGUGUGCCACGGACCUCACCUGCACCAGUUCUGACCAUAUCUCCCAAGGACAGGUGCAACUCUGGGCUACUCAUGUCCCUGAUCCAGCCAAAGUGUGGCAAUGACAUCAUGACUCUGGAACUCAGUAAAAAACAUGUGCAGACUCUGCAGUGCACCAUCACAGGCCUGACUUUCUGGGACCCCAGCUGCCAGGCCGAAGACAGUGAUGGCCACCUUGUCUUGCGUAGCACCUACUCCAGCUGUGGCAUGAAAGUGACAGAACAUGUGAUCAGCAAUGAGGUGAUCAUCAGUUUCCUGUCAAGCUCACUACCGCUCCAGAAAAAAGUGCAGUGCGUCGACAUGGACAGCUUCUCCUUCCAGCUGGGCCUCUACCUCAGCCCACACUUCCUCCAGGCAUCCAGCAUCAUCGAGCUGGGCCAGCAAGGCUUUGUGCAGGUGAGCAUGUCCCCAUCAACCUCUGAGGUCAUAGUCCAGCUAGAGAGCUGCCAUCUGGAUUUGGGGCCUGAAAGGGACAUGGUGGAACUCAUCCAGAGCCGAGCAGCCAAGGGCAGCUGUGUGAGCUUGCUGUCCCCAAGCCCUGAAGGUGACCCACGCUUCAGCUUUCUCCUCCAUGUCUACACGGUGUCCACACCCACAGCUGGCACCCUCAGCUGCAACGUGGCUCUGCAGCCUAGCACCUUGUCCCAGGAAGUCUACAAGACUGUCUCCAUGCAUCUGAACAUCGUCAGCUCUGACCUGUCUGGCAAGGGCCUCCUCCUGCCCGCUGUACUGGGUAUCACCUUUGGUGCCUUCCUCAUCGGGGCCCUGCUCACAGCCGCACUCUGGUACAUCUAUUCUCAUACACGUGCCCCCAGCAAGCGGGAGCCCGUGGUGGCGGUGGCUGCCCCGGCCUCCUCUGAGAGCAGCAGUACCAACCACAGCAUUGGGAGCACCCAGAGCACCCCCUGCUCCACCAGCAGCAUGGCGUAGUGCCCAGCCUGGAGCAGCAGGGCCUCCCAGCCAGCCCCUGUCCCGCAGCAGAGACCAAGCAGCCAUAAACUGGGAGCCACUGGCCACGAACUGGUCCCAAGAGCCAAACACCUCCACUCAGCCGAGGAUGGAGCUUGCCCCCUACACCUGCCCCUCAUACCUCCCUCGCAGAGGCUUGUUGCCAGUGGACACUCCAGCCUGAAACACCUUGGGGUCUCCUCGCCCCACUUCACAGAACUAUCCAACCCAGGGCCUCUGGGAUAUGGCUGCCCAGGACUACAGAGAGACACAGCACUGCCCUGUACACCAGCACUGCUGAAGCUUAAGGAGCUGCCUUCAAGCUGGGUCUUGUGCUGGUGAACUGGGCAGGGUGGAGGUGAGAACUCCAGACAUGCCAGCCCAUGCCAGCCCAGUCCAGAGCCACCUGCAUCUGGCCCUAGUGGCCUCCUCACCCGGACUGGCACAAUUUUGGUGAGGGAAGAAGCUGAGUGGUGCUCAGCUCAGGAAGGGAGGCCUCAGAAGACGGCAAGGACAGUGGGAUAGGGGAGCCCAGCCCCUCCCAGAAGUACCAGAGACCUCCUCCAAGCCCAUCCAUCGGAUGGGAGCAGGAGGGGAGUGGCCAGGCUGCUGGUCCUGGACCAAGCCCUGUAUAUUCACCAAUAAAUCAGACAUGAAACCAG